AGUUAACUCCGUUUAUCAAUAAGAAUGAUGGUGAGCCACUAAUUUUGGUCGCUCAACUCUUCAAGCCAAAUCAGUACCUCAAUCAGAUUAAUGUUCAGAAUAGUCUUUAUGCCUCGAGAGUGUUCCUGAACCCUGAUUUCCCUGAUGUUGCAUUCAAGAAUCACCUACUGAAAGAAGGUGACAUUGGCUCUCAACGAAUUAAUCAUAUAGAGACCUAACCUCAGUAUUCAGUGAGUGAUGAACUUUUGGGAGGUUCCUUUCCAAUCAAUACAAUCGAAGAAGUUUUGAACAUGACUUAUGAAGUCUCCACUUGGGUUUUAGCCACUAUAGUGUCUGUUGAUGUUGGCACCCGCGAUUGGUAUUAUGCCUCGUGUAAGAGUUGUCCUAGAAAGUUGUGGAGAAUAAGGGUCGAUAUUACUGUGAGCAUUGUCGAAAAGUAGGAUUUAAUGCUCCGUUAAGGUAUCGACUUAAUGUUGUAGUCACGGAUGGGACUAGAUGCAUUAAUAUAAUGCUUUGGAAUCAAGAGGCAAAAAUCAUUCUCGGGAAAUCUGCUAAUGACAUAAGGGAUUUAAUGAAAGAUGCUAAUGAGAAUGCCUGCUUAAAAGCUUUUGAACCUAUAAUUGAUAAGAAGUUCCUUUUUAAAUUGUCUAUUUCACACAAAAAUCUGACCUCUAUGGACCAAGCUUAUAAUGCUAUUAAGAUUAGUGAUGAUGAGGCACUGAUUAGUCUCUAUUCAUCCCACAGUUCUUCCAUAAAUAUUGGAGGUGUUGAACAAGGCCUUUCAAACGUAGUGUCUACAACUAAAAGUAAUGACCUCAACUCAAAUGGGAAUGGAGCUGCUAUUAUUUCACUAUCAAAGGAUUCUGGCACUGAGAGCAUCUUUGAGAGCGGCUUAGAUACUCCUGGUAAAUGUGUUAUAGUAGAUUCUGCUCCAAGCUUGGGUGUUAGUGGACUUACCAAUCCGGAAGGCCAGGGAUCUAGUAACAAGACUUUCAAACAUGGUUCUACUAAGAGGAAAAUUGAGUGAUUCACUCAAUUUGGGAUAUGUAAUGUGAUUGUACACAUUUGUUGGCUUUAGUUUAGUUGCUAUGGGUACUUACCCGUAUCAAACUCGGUGUUAUGAACUUAUGUAUAUUGCUGUAAUGACCUUGGGUGUCGAUGAACGAUGUAAUAUCAAAGUUUUAACGUUUUGUAGUUUACUUUUACUC